AUGGUUAAAGAAAUCGACGUCCUGAUCUGCGGCAGCGGCUCUGCAGGCCUGUGCGCAGCAGCAUGGCUUGCCAUCUGCGGCAUCAAAUCUUUCAAGAUCCUGGAGAAGCGCGAUGGACCCAUGGAAAUGGGCCAGGCCGACGGUGUGCAAUGUAGGACGGUGGAAGUCUUUGAGAGUUUUGGCAUAUCUGAGGAGUUACUCCGAGAGGCAUACCAUGUUUUGGAAGUCGCAUUCUGGUCAGCUGACGGGAAAGGGGGAAUACAUCGAACCAGCAGGACGGCAGAUACUCAGCCUGGACUGUCUCACCAACCACAUGUCAUACUAAAUCAAGCCAGGAUAAACAGCUUACUACUCGACCUCAUGCACCGGAAUGGGGGCAAGCCGGUAGAGUACGGUUACACGGUAAAGAGUGUUGAUGUGGAUGCCUCACUGGUUGAUCAGCCAUCCGCACAUGCUGUAACAGUCAUCGCCGAAAAGAAUGGCAAGGAAGAAACGUUCAAGGCGAAGUACGUACUGGGGUGUGAUGGUGCUCACAGUGCAGUCCGGCGGUCACUGGGAUAUCAAAUGGUCGGGGAUACCUCAGAUGCAGUCUGGGGAGUGAUGGACAUCUAUCCACGAACAGACUUCCCAGACAUUCGACGAAAGACAACGAUUCACUCCAGCCAUGGCAGCAUUCUAGUAAUUCCACGAGAAGGCGGCUCAAUGGUUCGCUUUUACAUCGAGUUCCCCUCAGGAACCAAUGUUAAGAGUGUGAAGCUGGAAGAUCUGCACGAAAAGGCGCGCCAAAUCUUCAGCCCAUACACAAUGGAAUACGCAGACACGUAUUGGUGGUCCUGCUAUUGCAUCGGUCAACGCCUUGCCGAUCAUUUCACAAAAGACAACCGAGUAUUCCUCACAGGCGAUGCAUUUCACACACAUUCGCCAAAAGCAGGCCAAGGAAUGAACGUCAGCAUGCAGGAUGGAUACAACAUUGGGUGGAAGUUGGCAACAGUGCUCAAAGGCGGAGCCAAGCCAGAUCUUCUCAAGACAUACGACCUAGAACGUGGAAAGACAGCAGCGGACCUCAUUGAUUUCGAUCGUUUCUUCACAAAGCUCUUCUCGAGCAAGCAGAACACAUCACCUGAGCAGUUCAGUGAAGGAUUCAUCAAGUCAGGCAGAUUCACAGCAGGCUUGACGUCUAAGUACGAAGAUUCAACCCUCACAUCAAGCGGAACAAGCAGGCAGGAACUAGCUUCCGAGAUCGUGGUUGGGAUGAGAUUCCCCAAUGCUCAAGUGGUGCGAUUCUGUGACGCAAAAGCGAUGCCUCUCAUUCAAACCUUGAAAGCCGAUGGACGUUGGCGCAUCAUGUGCUUCGCGGGGAGGAUCGGAGAGACAAGUACAGCCUCGAGGUUACAAAAUAUCGCGGAAUACCUAGAUUCACCACAAGGGUCAGUCCACAAAUAUACACCUGGGUCGGCAGAUAUCGAUAGCCUGAUUGAACCAAUUGUUGUGCUCCACGGAGACCACACCAAGCUAGAGCAAGAACACAUCCCCAAGUAUUUCUGGCCCGUCACAGGGAAGUGGCAGAUGCGAGACUUGCAUAAAGUCUUCAUUGACGAGAGGAGCUACAACUCAGGUGACGGAAAAGCUUACGAGACAUAUAAAAUUGAUUCGGAUCGAGGAGCUAUUGUCAUUGUGCGACCUGACCAGUAUGUCUCCAAAGUUCUCUCCAUCGAAGACACAGCAGGCAUCGGUGCUUUCUUCGACGGCUUCGCAUUGCCAAGGCAGGAAAAUGGCGCAUGA